AUGGCCUCCAGCUGCCAAAUGGGCAGCAUCGACAGCCUGGAGCUGCUGGACCUGCUCUUUGACCGACAGGAUGGGAUCCUCCGGAAUGUGGAGUUUGGGGGCCACACGGCCGGCUGGCCCGGGUCAGAGCAGAGUCAGCUGCCCGGUGCCCAGGAAAACGAGGAUUUCCUCAGCUCCAUCCUGGGCUCAGGGGACUCUGGCUCUGACUCCCCGAUCUGGUCCCCUGCAGCCAGCGACAGUGGCAUCUCCGAGGGCCCGAACUCGGACCAGCUCGACAGCCCCCAGCACUACAUGCCCACAGGCAGCCCAGGGCCCGGUGAGCCAGCGUACCCCUACCAGGAGGCCUCCCAGGCCCAGCCCACUCCCAGCCUGCCUGGGGCUGACCUGCGAGAGGCUGAAGUCUCCAUAGACCUUGACAUGUGGAAUCCUGGUUUUUUCUCAAAGAGUCACGACCUGCCUGCUCCCGCUCAGAUCGCCGCUUCCUGCACCCUGACGGUGAAGGACCUGCUGCUGUCCAGCAGCUGUGAGAUGCAGCAGCAGCAGCUGAUGACCCCAGCACUAAUGAGACAAAGUCUUGGGCACUGCCAGGAACUGGUGCUGACAGAGGACGAGAAGAAGCUGCUGGCCAAGGAGGGGGUCACGCUGCCCACCCAGCUGCCCCUCACCAAGUACGAGGAGCGGGUGCUGAAGAAGAUCCGAAGGAAGAUCCGCAAUAAGCAGUCGGCUCAGGAAAGCCGGAAGAAGAAGAAGGAAUAUAUCGACGGCCUGGAGAGCCGGAUGUCGGCCUGCACGGCGCAGAACCAGGAACUGCAAAGAAAAGUGCUGCACCUGGAGAAGCAGAACUCGUCCCUCCUGGAGCAACUGAGGAAACUCCAGACCCUUGUGGUGCAGUCGACUAACAAAGCCGCCCAGACGGGGACCUGCAUCGUGGUGCUGCUGCUCUCCUUCGCCCUGAUCGUCUUCCCCUCCAUCAGCCCCUUCACCCCCAAUCAAGCGGAGCCGGAAGGUGACUUUGGGCCGGUGAGAGUGUUCUCCAGGUCUCUCCAUAAAGAUGCCUCCUCCCGAGUGGUCUAUGCCCUGAGGAAGGAUGCCCCCGAGAGACCCCAGGAGCCGGAGAAUCCUGUGUGGACGGAGUACGCCGACGAGGCCCAGAGCGUCCUCCGCAAAUUCCUCAGCAGCCACGUGCUCGCCAGGCCCCAGGCAGAGGCUCCACAGGCCAACGGGACGGGGGCCCUGCCGCAGGACGGACACUCGGACUUGGAGGGGCUGAGUCAUGAUGGCCCCAUCGCAGACUCGCUGGCUUGGACAGAGCCCAGCCAGCCCAGCCAGGUGCAGCUGAAGCCAGCCGAGGAGCUGUGA